AUGUCGGAACUCCGCCAGAGACAGCCUGUAUCGUCCUCGGGGCCCAGUCAAAAUACAGACUCAACACCGUCGCGCAGCCAACAGCGACGUGCCGACACGGAAGACAGCCAUGGCAUCAGCGUCCUCGACAUCAUUCGCGUUCUAGCCACGCUAGUCCUUGCUUCGUGCGGUCUCUCCUACUACAUAACCAAUUCCGAGUCCCUAUUAUGGGGCUACCGGCCCUGGUUUACUCGGUGGCCCGUCGUCAAGAACUACCUGACCGGCCCAGUGAACCUGACACCUGUCGAACUUUCCCUUUACAACGGCUCUGACCCCUCCCUGCCCAUCUACCUAGCUGUCAACGGCUCCAUUUUUGACGUUUCUGCAAACCCGCUCGUCUACGGGCCCGGCGGGAGCUACAAUUUCUUUGCCGGGCGCGACGCAACCCGCGCAUUCGUGACCGGUUGUUUCGAGGAGGACCUGACGCCGGAUCUGAUCGGGGCCGAGGAGAUGUUCAUGCCCGUGGAGGACGUCGAGGAGGCGGGGAUUACAAAUGCCCAGAAGAAGUUGCGCCUUGAGCGGGAGAUCCGCUCUGCGCGGACAGCGGUAGGGAAGACGGUAAGCCGGUGGGAGGGUUUCUUCCGGAAUCAUAAGAAGUAUUUCCAAGUUGGGAAAGUAUUGGACGAUGGAGUCGUGGAUCCAGAGAAGGGGAAGAGGGUGCUAUGUGAGGGGGCGCAGAAGCAGAGGCAGAAAAGGAGUGAGAUGAAAGAGGGGUCAUGA